AUGGAAGCUCCGUUCCUCAUGGAAAGUACCAACCAAACGAUUAUUCAAGAAUUCAUAUUCAUCGGUUUAUCAAGAAAUCCGACAACUAAAACUCUCCUUUUUGCACUGUUUUUCCCAAUGUACAUUUUUACCAUAUUUGGAAAUGGCAUUUUAAUCUAUAUUAUUACCAGAACCUCUAAUAUACACACGCCAAUGUACUUUUUCCUGUGUAAUUUAGCCUUUUUGGAUACAGUCUUCUCUACUUGCACAGUUCCCAAAGUGUUAGUAGAUUUACUGUUAGCGGAAGGAAGAAUCUCCUACACGGGGUGCAUGAUACAAAUGUGCGUUGGCCUAUUCCUGGGGCAAACAGAAUGUCUCCUGUUGGCAGUCAUGGCUUGUGAUCGCUUUGUAGCUAUCUGCAAUCCACUGCGCUAUGCAGUCAUUAUGAGUUGGAGAAGUUGUAAAUAUAUCAUGGCUGUUACAUGGCUUCUAAGUUGUGUUUCUAGUAUUUUACUUAUUUUAUCAAAACCUGUGAGUUUCUGCAGAGAAAACAAACUGAAUCAUGUUGCGUGUGAGAUACUAGCCGUUGUAAAGCUAGCGUGCGGGGACACGUCCUAUUAUGAAAAUGGAAUAGCUUUUCAAAGUUUAUUUACCAUUUUGGUACCUUUCAGUUUUAUUGUGGUGUCCUAUAUUUGUAUUCUAACGUCGGUUCUGCAGAUCCGUUCUGUAGAGGGGAGAACUAAAGCUUUUUCUACCUGCGCCUCCCAUUUGACUGUUGUCAUAAUGUUCUAUGGACUAAGUAUGACCAUGUAUCUGAAACCAUCAAGCAACUUUUCAUCCAAACAGAAGUAUAUGUCUAUUUUCUAUGGUUUUUUGACCCCCAUGUUAAACCCUUUGAUCUACAGUUUUAGAAACGAUGACGUUAAGAAAGCAGUAAGGAGAAUACUCUUUUCUUCUUCUCAGAUUAAAUAG